UGCUCACGUUGACAUGGCCGGCCUCUGGCCAGAUGUGGCGACUGGGUUUGACGAGGUACACGUGAAUGGGCCACUGGACCGUCCAGGUGAUCACGUGAUGUCCUGUGGGAUUUUAUCUCAGCUGUUCUAGAGACUAGAGACACGAGAAAGCUCAAUAUCUCCUGCCCUACCAUGAGGUUGUGAGGUUGCCCUCGUGAGGCAAGACGUUCUACAGCCCGUUGAUGCGCGCUCCGAAUGCCGACCAAUGCCAACGGCACGACCUUCAGUGCGGUCAACUCGACCUUGACCUCCGUGACGAAAGCGGAUGUGACGAAGGAGGUGGUGACGUACACGGACGUGUUGCUGGUGUCAGCCACGGUGGUGCUGGUGGUCAACACGGCGGUCAGCUUGUUCCUGAACAUUCUGCUGGUGCUCAUUAUACAGUACUCCCCUAGCCUGCGGACACCCCCCAACAGCCACCUCCUGAACAUCUGCGUCAACAACCUCCUGCUGUGUGCCGACAUGGUGCUCUGCGCCCUCUGUCUGCACUACAACUCCCUCCAGCUGCCCGCCGACAAGGCAGAAGUCAUCAGCGGCGUCCAAAUCUUCAUCACAUACAACAGUCUUCUCCAGUACUGGGGCACGUUUGCUAGUAUAGGCUACUACAGACACAAAACUAUCAAAAAGCCAGGACUGACGUUACGCAGCAGACGACAGCUCGUGUCACGCAGCGUGACGUGUAACUGGGUCAUCUCCUCCCUGUUGAGUCUAACCGUCAGUCUCUCCUACUCAUCAGACUCCCAGAAUGCCUUCGGAACUCUGGAUCCGUUCAGACGGGAUUUUUAUGCAAACAAGGUGAAGGACGCCCCAACACGAGAACACGUGGCCGUGACCUUUGUCAUCUUGAUGGCCUUUUUUGUGGGGCUCGGGAUCAUCCUCUCGGCUUAUUACACGAUUUGCCGGACCCUCAACGUCGUGUCGGCCGUGGGGCGGAACCGUGUGGCGCCCCACCAGCAGUCACCCCACAUCCACUCGGACUCAACUGACCUGACCUUGGCCGUGUCAAGGUCAUACAGACCCCAGUAUACCAUCAGGACCCCCUCCUACCUGGGCAGCACACUGACCAAAGAACACAAGGACAAGUUCAUCGUUGUGUUCAACAAACAGGACAACACCGUCUCACUAGACGACACCAACAUCGAGAUAAAGCAGCCCAAAUCUCUCAUCACAAACACCCCCAGAAACCUUCCAUCCCGAAGUGCCUACGGAGAACGGCGACAGCUGAGCACCACCUUCAGUAACGCCAGCACGUCCUCCAUCAAGUCCAGAGCUCCAGAGUUCACAGACAUCAGCAUAGGGGCUGACCUGCUCAGGUUUCAGCGGGAGCACAGCCACACCCUCCACCGACGCCAGUCCUUCCGCCGGGAGUCCAUCAGCCUGAGCAGUGCCAUCAGGAACAGCCUGGCCAUGCUCAUAGCCUACUGCUCCUGCUCCCUGCCCCUCAUCGUCCUCUCCGUGCCCGAGCCAAGCUGGGCCCUGACGCCCCUCCAGAGACUCCACGCCCUCCUGGGGUGCCGGUUGUUGUUCUACCUGAACGCCCCUGUGUAUCCGGUGUGGUACCUGCUGUGUAGCGUCACCGUCAGGAAGUGUUUUACACGUCUGUGGGAGAGUCUGUUCGGCAGGAGCAGGUGCAGGCAGUGACAGGUGCAGGCAGUGACAGGUGCAGGCAGUGACAGGUGCAGGCAGUGACAGG